AUGGCUAUCUACGGUGCCGUCCCUCCCCCGGAGGACUUUAACGCUUCUACGACGGCCGCUGCCGCCCCUCCCGCCGCCCAGCCGACUCCUCCGCCGCAGUCCCAGACUCCCCUCGCGAGCCUCAACGCAUCUCAGCCUGAAGGCUCCGCGAUCGAUAUCGAAGCAUGGACGAUCUCGGCUCUUGAGUCGCUCAGCGUCAGCCCGGUCGCCCGUGGCACGGGCACGCCCCUGGCGAUCAACAUCGACGAGCAGCUGAAGAAGGCGACCGUGACGAUUGAUGCGCCGGCUGUUCAGCAGCCGCCCAUCCGUCGUCCGCUCAGUCGGAGGGACAGCCAGAAGACGAGGGAGGCGCUGUUGAAGGGCAACGAGGGUACUCGGCAGCGUCGCAGAUGGGAGAAUGACCGUCUCAUCGGCGUGCCGAACGUCCAGCCCCCUCUGCCCAGCGACUGGGAAGUCCACCCUACAUACCCUGUCCAGGUCGUACCCUACGAUAUCGCGAAGUUCUGGGACACCGGUCUCCGUCAGCACAUCGAGGAUAAGACGUCGAAGCUGCAGGCGCAGCGCAAGAAGCAGCAGCGGAAGAACGGCUCGGCUACGGGCCUGGGUAUCGGAGAGGUUCCUCGUGACCUCCGAGACCAAGCCAAACGUACCCCGGCGGUUAAGGGGUGGGUUCGCGUGCUGGAGGAACCCGUGAGGAACUUCCUUAAGGAGCGCAGUGAGGAGAGCGACGCGGAAGGCGACAGCGAGGACGAAGAGAUCGUCUUCGUUGGGCGCAAGGGCAUGAGCGCCGCCGGCAAGGGGUGGAAGAAGGCCCGGCGAGAGGUCGGCAGCGAGAAAGUCGACACCGGCAUGGUGUUCGACUCUCUAGGCGACGAUGAGAGUGCCUCGUUCAAGCGUUGGCUGACGCAUUCCAUCUCCGACUACUACGGUCUCGAGUCUCGGUCUAUCACAACCGGCAACCCGGAGCGUCGUGUCGUCUAUGUUACUGUGAAGGAGGCGAGCAAGCGAGCAGGGCCACGGAAGCAUACCAUCCUGCCGCGACCGCUGUGGGAGAUGUGCUGA